AUGGCAGCACCCGACCAACAACAACAAUCCACCCUCACCCCAAGAUCCUACACCUACUACCACGCCGGCCCCCUCUUCUCCCUCUCCGACCUGCACACAAACUCCCUCCUCGCCAACAAAAUCCACACCCUCUCCAACCACAAAUUCAUCCCAAUAGUGCCCCAGGACCUCGAACAGCGCGACACCUCCCCCCACAGCAUCCGCGACCAAGAUAUCCGCAGUCUUCUGGGGUGUGAUCUCGCGCUCUUCACCUAUGACGGCGCGGAACUCGAUUCAGGUACCGUGGUGGAAUACAUGCUCGCCAAAUUCGCUGACAUCCCGACUGUGGUUUUGCGGACAGAUUUUCGAAAGGCGGGAGAUCAGGGGGUUGGAGAUGCAGGGACUGGUACUAGUAGUAAUGGUAGUAGUGCGGGCGAUCCGUGGAACCUAAUGAGUAGUUUUUGGCCACGGACGAGACGGGUGGUGGUCGAUGCCAUGCUGGGCUAUAAGACUGGCUUGGCCAAGGCUUUGGAGCAGAGGAACAUGGCUGAGGGGCAGCUUGAAAAUGUGACGAGUCUCGAUGUUGGUGGUGGGCAGGCGGCUUUGCUGGCUGGGCAGAUGUUGCUGGAGGAGACUGCUAGGCGGAUAGUGGAGGCAUUGGAAGAGGUGCUUGCUAUGCCUGCUACGAUGCCAGAGGAAUUGAGGCCUCAUGUGUAUGAAUGGAUUGGCUUGAUGCCAGGUUUUAAGAGCGGUUCGAUAGAAGCCGAUCUACAUUCUAUGUCACAAUUGUUGAGGAAAAAGGAAGAAAAGGGGUUGUUAUGA